GAGAAGAGGGGGUUUUACCAAACCCAGAGGUUUUUGCAAUCCUGUCCACAAUUUCACUUAACCCCUCCAAAACUAUAAGUAAAUUAACAAAAAAAAAUAAAAAAAUAAACACAAAUUUUUCUCCUUUUUAGCAAAAUUAAUUUCAUGGCUUGAAAAAAUAUUCAAAAUUCUCAUAAACAAUUUCUACGCAGAUUCGUGAAAUUAGUGACGUUGAUUAAUUGCAUCUGGUCGUCGCUUCUUGGUGGCAUGCUUCCGAAGAUAUGGUGUAUAAGAAGAAGCUAGAUUUUGGUUUCAAUGGCUUUCAAGUUCCAGUUAUACCUAAAGCUCCUAGAUCAGUUAGAAGGAGACGCUCCUGUAAAAAAUUUGAUGACGGUCAAAUUUGUGCAUUUGAAUUAUUGGCGGCUGUUGCUGGCAAGCUUUUACUGGAGAGCGAAAGCUCUGCUUCCAGUAAUGCAGCAGAAGGGAAAAAUGAAAUGGCUGAUUGCAAGGAUGGUAUUAAAAGCGGGAUAGUGGAAGAAGGUAAAGCUGUGAAAUCAGAGUGCCUCGACCAGGGAAGUUGUGUUGAAAGCGCUUAUAUACCAGAAACUGCAUCCGAGGAGCAGAAUUUGAAACAUGGUUUCGAUAAACCUUAUCAUGCAGAAAAUAAUUAUUUCUUGGAGAAUACUUCUACUGUUAUAGGUUCUGACGCUAACAUGAAGUUGGAAAACUGCAAGGAGGUCAAUAUAGCUGAUGGAAAAUUCCACCCCAAAAUUGAACUCGGAUCCUCUAAUCUCGAGGAUCCAUGUGAUAGUAAAAUCAGGACUGGAACUCAAAAGCAUUUGGAUGAUGACAGCAAGCAGACUGAAGACGUAACUCUGACCAACACCUGUAGUGUAAAGAAUCCAAUCGAGGAACAUGUUAAUAAGAAUGGCUUGUUUAACUCAGAGAGUAGUGUACAGUUACCCUUGUACAGGGAUUUGGUUCCUAGCGCUUCUUUUGUAAAGCGAAGGAACAAUGUAAAGUUAGGUAUUAGAGAUGAUGACGAAAAUUCUUAUGACUGCUAUCGGUAUAGCACCAAGUUAAGGGCCUUUAGGACUACAUCGCGUCUUGGAUACAGAAGAAUAAGGAAGAUGCUGAAAUCUCGACACUGGAAAGUGGCUCCUAAGUUGAAGGAAUACGAGCGGUCUUACACAAAUGGCGGAGUGGAGUCCUUUUACCUCAGCAGGAAAAGCAUACGUGCACGCAAGAGAUGCCAACUGGAAGUUCCUUCCAAGAGAAGGAAAUUGAGCAACCAUGGCUUUGCCAUUGCAUAUUAUCAGGAGGCCAGUAGUGAAAGCGUUACAAAUUCACCUGACAAGGAAAUCAAACGAGACAUUAAUACCUCCCAUGCGAUCCUGCAGAAAGGAACUGCUGAUCCAUCUCCAGUUAAAAAUCAUCACAAGAAGGACCCUAAUGUAAAAUUUAGCAUCAAGUCCUUCAAAGUGCCUGAGCUUUACAUAGAGGUUCCUGAGACUGCAACAGUCGGCUCUCUGAAGAGAACAGUGAUGGAGGCAGUUACAGCUAUACUAGAAAGUGGAUUACGGGUUGGGGUGGUUCUCCAGGGAAAGAAGGUUAGAGAUGACAAUAGAACUCUAGAGCAGGCUGGCAUUUCCCAGAAUGGUAACCUCGACAAUUUGGGAUUCACUUUGGAGCCUAGAUUCACCCAAGUUUCUCCAUCAUCAUCUCCUAAUAAACCUCCGGCUUCAUCAACAUAUGUGGCAGAUCAGGAGCUAACAAGGCGACGACCUUGUCCUAUAUUGGAAUUGGGGAUUCACAAUGCUUCGUCAGACCCUCUAGAGACUGAGAUGGGCAAGUACAACGAGAAUAACCAUCCAUCAGAGCUAUCUCCUACAAAUCUCAUUGAUCCAUCAACUGAUGUAUCUAGUCCAGAUUCUAGAGCCUUGGUGGUAGUCCCUCCAGUUAAUGCAGAGGCGCUUGCUAUGGUUCCUGUGAACCCAAAAAGUAAACGUUCUGAACUUUCACAACGUAGAAUACGGAGACCAUUCUCAGUUGCAGAAGUAGAAGCGUUAGUUGAAGCUGUGGAGCAUCUUGGAACUGGAAGGUGGCGUGAUGUUAAAAUGCGUGCUUUUGACAAUGCUGAUCACCGAACUUACGUUGACUUGAAGGAUAAAUGGAAGACAUUGGUACAUACAGCAAGCAUUGCCCCGCAACAACGUAGGGGCGAGCCGGUUCCCCAGGAACUUCUAGACAGAGUCUUAGCUGCCCAUGCUUACUGGUCUCAACAACAGGGAAAACAUCAUGCUGAACCAUUGAAAACUCAGAAACUCGUCGCAUGAUGAAAUUCGUCGAACUGUCAAAAGAUUGUAAAGAAAAUAUUAUAUUAGGUAACACGAAAAACCCCACGACGAUGCAACUGUAAAAAGGAUUCGUUCGUUCUGCUUCUCGUCGACUUAGACUCACUGAUUUGUUGCAGUUUGUGACUUUGUAAAUUGUUCAGGAAUAAAGCAAGUGUAGCAGGAUGUCUUUUAGGAUUUAUAUAUAUUGUUUCUGUUGGUGCUUUCAUUUGGUAUCAUUAGGAUUAUUAUGGAAAGAAUUAAAAUGUAUUAAAUAUGUACAUUAUUAGUAGUUUUAUUGAUUUCUAGUGUAAUUUUUACUAUUGUAUGAAAACUAUUCUGAUAUUUAGCUUAA